AAUGCAGCCAGAAAAGUUGUUCUUCUGAAUGGUACCUUCAUUCCUCGCACUAUUCCAGGCAUUACAAUUCGAGAUCAGAUUUACGAGUGGCACAAAUGCAAUCAGACCCCAGUCACGGCAUCGGUCUCAGUGGCGAAUCUAUUUGAGGUCUCGGAAGAUAAAGCCAGCUCAUUCUCGCUAGGUGCCGAAGAUAGGAUCAAAGCUUUGGAGCAAGAGCUAUUCAAUCUAAAGCAAUCACGACCAGUCUUCGAUGGAGUUCACAUGCCACCAAGGUGA